UUCUUUCUCUCUCCUUAGGCUCAUAAUGAGGAAGACAAUGGUGGGUUAUGAACAAUGAAGAAGAAGAGGAAGAGUAUUUUGUGCUUGUUCCAUGGCUUGCCAUUGUGGUUCCUAUGCCUUCUCUCCCUUUCCACUCAGAAACUUUUGUUCCAACAACAGAGGUUUCAAGUUUUCAACAAGAUUUAGACCAGUUCAAGUUUCUUUAAUAAGAAGAGACCCAUAUAGCAAUACCCUUGUUUCUGAGGCUGCUAGGCUUUUGGGUCCUCCAGCAAGUUUUGAGGCUUCAAAGCUGGAAGUUAUAUUCAAGGGAGAGGGGAUAAAAAGCUAUUCGAGAGUAGUCCCUAGAACCUACAUCCUUUCCCAUUGUGAUUUUACAGCUAAUUUAACCUUGACCAUCUCCAGUGUCAUCAACCUUGAGCAGUUGAAAGGGUGGUAUAGCAAGGAUGAUGUGGUUGCCGAGUGGAAAAGGGUGAAGGAGGAUAUGUUUCUUGUUGUACAUUGCUAUGUGAGUGGCCCUAAUCUUCUGCCAGACCUUGCUGCUGAGUUUAGAUACCACAUAUUCUCCAAGGAAUUACCUUUGGUAAGUUUUUCUUCCACAAUGCUACAUUAAACAGAAUUGAGAAUAAUAAGACUCUGGAUUUGACGUGUUUGGCAUGGAGCAUGGUGCCAUGGUCACUUUUGGGAUGCAGAAUGGAUCUUCUCCACCAUUUAGCUAUUGAACAAGAAAAAAAAAAAGGGAAAAUCUGUUACUCUACUCUCAUGAUGCCAUAUUCGGUUGCAACAAUGGUGUUGGCUGAGUGACUAAUACUUAUCAAAUUUGGUGCUGAUGCAAGCCAGGUACUUAAAGCUGUGCUCCAUGGAGAUUCUGUCCUUUUCAAAGAGCAUCCUGAGCUCAUGGAUGCUUUAGUUUGGGUUUACUUCCAUUCUAACUCAUUAAAGUACAAUCGCAUGGAAUGUUGGGGGCCACUCAAGGAUGCUAAAGAGGGAAGAUUCAGUGAUCAAGCUCAAGGUUUCUUGACAGCAGAUAAGGAGAGUUCCCAUCCUCCUGACAAGUGGCAUUGGCCAAAAUCAAUCCUCCAUGCUCUGUUUACCUUCCUUCUUUGAAUUGCAUCAACAGAAAAGGCAACCUUCAUUACUGCAACAAUAACUGGUUGACAAAAACACUUAAAGCUCGAUCUUGAUACUCAGAAGCUGGAGCCUCUGGUUGCCUAGACAAGGGUUGUAUUCAGUUCUUUUUGCAUAUUAGUGCAUUAGUUGAAUUGAAAACAAAGAUUCAUGAUUCUUCUGCAACUGAGAACAUUUGUUCAUUUGUUAACCAAUGGCUGUUGUCUUCAUUGCUUUGUAAAUCAUCAAUAACAUUCAAGCAUCUUUUUAAGUUUCUCACAUGUAAACUGGAAAUGUCAAGCAUUUAUAUAUUGAUAGACAAAAGUCACACAGGCACCGUGUAUGAAAGUCACUGUUACAGCCAGCCUAGCAUCUUUUGAGAUAUAUUUUUCUACAAAGAAGAAACUUCUGAACAUUGAUGAAGCUGACCGAAUAUAGGAAGAAUUAGAAGAAGUUGUCAAGGGAAAAAUGUGUGCCUUUUGGUUCAAGAAAUUGAAACUUGCUAGCCAAGACAUCUCCUAUCACCUUCGCUGCAGUUAACAUGAAAUGGGAAGCACUUAGGAAAAUGUUUUUAAGUUGUUAAAAGUUUAAGUUUUUAAGUUGAAGAUUUCAAAUUUA